AUGACUACAACGCUAUACUGGAACAGAUGCUGGAUUAUGUACACCGCAUUGGAUUGGACUAAUGUUGUGGUAUUUGCGAUGCUGUCGGUCAUCAUCAUCGCUCGGUUGCAUGCCAUGUAUCAAGGAUCCAGAAAGAUCUUGAUGUUUCUCAUUGUCACCUUCCUGGCUGUCAACACUUUCAAUGCAGUGACCAUCAUAAUGGCAACGAUGGAUAUGUCAGGGGAGGAACUCAUUCUCUCUGGCACUUAUCAGUGCCAGUUUAACUAUCCGAAAGACAUCCCACUCCUGGAUUCGAUUACUUGGAUGCUCGGCACUGUAUGGGAGGUCAUCACGCUGUGUCUCGCUGUCUGGAUUGUGGUAAAACACUUCCGUGAACUGCGACAACAUUCGGCAGGAGGGAUUAUCGAGGACUGUUUCACGGUGUUGAUAAAAACUCAUGCACUUUACUUUGCGAGCUUUGUUGCUGUUUCUUGCAUCGAGCUAAUUGUUAUUUUCUCUCUGACAUUAUUAAUGAGCACUUCCCUGGUCCCUCAGAUUAUUUCUGGGUUUAUUCAGAUUUUGGAGGCCGUGCAGAUGUUUGUGUUGGGACCGCGCCUGAUCCUUGGUGUUCGAGAAUACCACGCUAAGCUCGUGGCCGAUUCUGAUGCAGCAACUGGUAUGAUCUCAAUCGCUUUCCAGGAGCGCGUGCAUAUAUCGACUGGCAAUGGUGUGUGA